AAUAUAUUCAUCUUUAUUAUCUUAAAUUAAAUGUACUAAUUUAUUUUAAAAAAUGUAUUUAAAUUUUGAAUAUUGUACUCUAUUUAAGCCACUUAACUAUUUAUACUGUAACUUUUGCAUGGAUUAAAUUUGUUAAAACGUUUUUGCACCUUAUCCUACAGAACUUUUAUAACAAAAGUGCAAAAAAUUAUAUUGUUUACUCUAUUAUUUUAGAAGCACUCGCAAAUACAAAUAUAAAUAAAUUUUCUAACCGAUGCUUUACCAUUUAAAAUUCCAACAUUUGAUUUUCGUCAUUUUAAAUGAUAAGAAUUCUGAUAAUCUCUACCGUAAACUUAAUUUUUUUUUAUAAUUGAGAUUAAGUUUUCAAAUUUGAACCUUUUUUAUCCUGAUAAUUUUUCUAGUCAAAAAGUGUGGGUCUACAGAUAAGUUUUGUACAAUGACAUGAGGAGUUAAAAAUCAUGAAAGUUUACAAUAGCAAUUGAAAGUGACUAUUCAACACAAGUAGUUUUCUAUAGAGCAUACAAAUAUCUAAAUUGUUUUUUGGUUCUUAUAAUUCUUAUAGAUUUCUUUCUAUUAAAAUUUAAAAAAGUAUAAUCUAAAUUAUUUGAUUUGAAAUGUUAAUUUUAAUGUUUGCAGAUACGCAGAUCUAAGGUACGAAUCGUCUAUUGUAUUGCGCGCCUCUUCCUCAUGAUCAACCGUAGUACCCCCAGCCCUCCCCGAUGUCGCCACAUGUUCAACGCUCAAAAGAGGGAAAAUACCCCCACCACGCCCCGCGGAACCCGCGUUCUCUCGCGCUCGCGUCGCCGUUUCUCAUCCCUUCGCUUUGUGCCGAUGAAGCCACGUGCAUUCGAAGGUUAGAAAAAGGAUUGUUAGAAGAUUCAAGGAAAAAAUCACCAAUGGCCCGAAAGAGACCUCGAGACGAGAGCAGAAAUGACGACGAAUCGAGAGGACGACAUCUAAAACACCGCAAACACUCGGGAAAAAAGACGAGGAAACAAAGACACAAGAAAGAGAAGCGACGCCACAGAAAACGACGCCAUGACAGCAGCUCGUCAAGCUAUUCGACGUCCUCCGUGGACAGCUACUACGAUAGCUACGACUCAACAUCGUCAGGCUCAUCCACGAGAUCACGGACGCGGGGAAAGAUGGCGCGACAGGCGGUGAUAAAGAGACGCCAUUGAGUACAGAGGUACUAUCCGCGCUUGGAAAACGAACUCACGAGGAAAAAAUUCUCACUCCGCCUUUACAUGCCGAGCUAGCAGUCCGAGGCAAAGACGUCAUCACGUAUGGGCUAACUGAGGAAGAAAGGGCUGACCUUAUUAAAAAAUACCCGACUCCAGAGAACUGUCUCUUUUAUGACCCACCUAAAAUGAACCCCGAAAUAAAGCGUGUUAUGCCGCAGGCAGCCAUUGCAAGAGACGAACGCAUAAUUUAAAAACAACAAAAAAUCAGGGCCUCUCUCGCAGCUGUUGGAAAAGCCGAAAUGACGCUUAUACAAAACGGAAAAGAUUUAGUCGACUUGCCAGUCAUCGAAUGCCUCAACGAUGUAUCAAAAUUAUUAGCGGACUUGCAACGGGACGAAGCUAUGAUUCGUCGAAGUUUAACUUCAUCAAACAUAAAUGCUGCCUACAAAGACGCUAUCGCCCAAACUGUUUGCGGAUAAUUUUUGUUCGGCGAAAAACUGGAUGACAUUGUAAAAUCAGCUAAAACUUUGGACGCCGCUGCAAAAGACUUGCGCGCAUCACAAAAACCCAAUCAGGGUUCAAAAAACGGGAACAACCCGCCCCGUCAACGAGACAAUCGCCAGAGAAGGACGUGGAGCGGGUACCGAUCAGAGAAGUACAAGAAGAUGAACAAUCAAGCGCAUCGUCAAUCACGGCCGAGGAGACAUCGAGACCGCGAGAAUCGACAUCAAAGACCAACUGUAACUGGUAACCAAACUGGUAUUCACCAACGAUAGGCAAAAAAUUACGUCAGAUCCGAAAAUCUUGUCUUGGAUUAAGGGUUUGAAAAUUCCCUUUGAGGAAAAGCCCGCGCAACCUAAAGAACCAAAAGCGAAAAGCUGGAAUAGCCAAAAAACGCACGAAAUUUCCAUGUUACUUAGCGAAUUGAUAACGAAGGGCGCAAUUUGUAAAUGCGAAUCGACUCCCGGUGAAUUUGUAUCAGGAAUAUUUCUAAAAGUAAAACCGGAUGGAUCAAAUAGACUGAUUUUAAAUUUGAAAAAGCUCACUGAAUAUAUUCUUACAAGUCACUUUAACCCAUUAAAGCCCAUGCUAAGACUGGUUGAGAUAGCGACAAACAAACUGUGCUAUCCUUUGCAUAAGUGAAAAAUAAAAUAUACGUAUUUUUUCUUAUGUUAUUUGCAAUUGUUUAUAACAAAUUAUUUAAACAAAUUACAAACAAAUUUAUAAUUUUCAAAAUCUGAAUGCGGGAAUCGAUUCUGGAGGUAAAAUCGAGACGAAAACCUAUAUAACACUUUUUUGUCAGAGUUCAAUUUGUUAGUGUAAUGUAGGAAUAAACAAUUGCAUGUUGGGGAGAAAAAGUGACCAUGUCAAGUCCCAAGCAAAAUCUAUCUGGAAUAGCAAAAAACAAACUGUGUCAUCCUUUGCAUAGCUGAAAAAUAAAAUAUACGUAUUUUUUCUUAUGUCAUUUGCAAUUGUUUAUAACAAAUUAUUUAAACAAAUUACAAAAAAAUUCAUAAUUUUCAAAAUCUGAAUGCGGAAAUCGAUUUUGGGGGUAAAAUUGAGACGAAAACCCAUAUAACACUUUUCUGUCAGAGGCCAAUUAGUUAUUGUAAUGUAGGAAGAAACAUUCGGCCUCCUGAGAGUGUUUCAAAAAAUCGUAUAGAAUGAAGCUAAUUAUUGUAUUUAUCAAUCAAUAUUCACAUGAAUUAUUGUAAAUAUGUUCGGUGGGAUUGAAUUAUUGUUCAUUCUCCGUCUCGGCAUUAUCAGUGACGUUACCAAUGUAGAACAAAAUAAAAUCUAAAAGUUUUCCGAAAUUAUUAUUUCAAAGAAUAGAUCCAAUGUAUGAAUUUUUUCAACCGUUAGCCCGCCACUCAAACGUGAUCUCUAACACGGAAGGAUUUGCGAAAUGAAAUAAACUUAUUCAAUUACAGUAUAAGAUCUCAAAAUUUAUCAGUAAAAAAUACUGAUAUGAUUCCACAUACCAUGCAAGAGAAUGAAAACACUUAUUUGUCAAUAGUUUAUUUCUACAUAAAGAUAAAAAAUUGAACACUGACAAAAAAGUGUUAUAUAGGUUUUCGUCUCGAUUUUACCUCCAGAAUCGAUUCCCGCAUUCAGAUUUUGAAAAUUAUGAAUUUUUUUUGUAAUUUGUUUAAAUAAUUUGUUAUAAACAAUUGCAAAUGACAUAAGAAAAAAUACGUAUAUUUUAUUUUUCACUUAUGCAAAGGAUAGCACAGUUUGUUUGUCGCUAUCUCAACCAGUUUUAGCAUGGGCUUUAAUGGGUUAAAAAUCGAAGACGCCAAAACAGUCAAAAAGUUGAUAACACGAAACGCGUACAUGGCAACAGUAGACUUGAAAGAUGCCUACUAUUUGAUCUCAGUACACUAAUCAGAUAGAAAGUACUUGCGAUUCAGAUUCAAAAAUGAAUUAUAUGAAUUUACUUGUCUUCCAUUCGGCUUAAAUAUAGCACCGUUCGUGUUUACAAAAAUGUUGAACCCGGUUAUUUCGUAUUUACGAAAAUUAGGCUUCUUAUCUAGUUUUUAUCUGGACGAUUUUUUACUUUUAGGAAUAUCAUACGAAGAAUCCCUUAAGAAUGUCUCCACCACUGUAGCUUUUUUAGAAAAACUAGGUUUUAUUAUUAACUAUAAAAAGAGUAAUCUGACUCCGAGUCAAAAUUGCAAAUAUUUAGGAUUUAUCUACGAUUCAACUAAAAUGACGUUAAAACUCCCAGAAGAUAAAAUAAAACGGGUAAAACAAUUAGUAAAUUUGAAACUUGAUCAAAAAAUAAAAAUUAGAAAAUUUGCCAAGAUACUGGGAGUUGUAGUGUCGUGCUGUCCAGCAGUAGAAUAUAGCUGGCUUUACACAAAAGCUUCUGAAAGAGUAAAAUUUUUGGCCCUCGAAGCCAACAGUGGUAGUUAUGAAAAAUCUAUGAAAAUCUCAAGGCAUGUACUCGAAGAGUUACAGUGGUGGAAACAGUUAAAUAACGCAUCUAUUUGUCACAUUAGAAACUCCAAUUAUGAAUUAGAAAUCUUCUCCGACGCUUCCCUUACUGGCUGGGUUGUUUCUUGCAACGGAUACAGAGCAAAUGGUCAUUGGAAAGAAAAGGAGAAGUCUAAUUUUAUAAACCAUUUAGAACUUUUAGCAGCAUACUUUGGAUUAAAAAUUUUUGCUAAAGAUAACCGAGAAAGCGCUAUAUUGCUACACAUUGACAACACGACAGCUAUUUCUUAUAUUCAUCGCAUGGGCGGAAUACAAUAUCCUAAACUUAAUAGUUUAGCAAAAAAGAUAUGGCAAUGGUGCGAAAAACGGAAAAUUUGGAUUUGUGCUACAUAUAUCGCUUCUAGAGAAAACAGAGAAGACGAUACAGAGUCGCGACGGUUACAGUCAAACACAGAAAUUGAAAUUUCUAAUGUGAUAUUUGAGAAAAUAGUUGCGCUAUUCGGCAAGCCAAAAAUCGAUUUAUUCGCUAGUCGAUCAAACGCGAAAUGCAAACGAUAUGUCUCCUGGAAAAGGGACCCUGAAAGUAUAGCUAUCGAUGCAUUUACUAUCUCUUGGAGCGAUCAUUAUUUGUAUGCUUUUCCGCCUUGCUCAAUAAUUUUAAGGACGUUACAAAAAAUAAAAACAGAUGCUGCGCGCGGCAUAAUGAUUGUACCGGAAUGGCCAGGGCAGCCUUGGUAUCCGAUAUUUUGUUCGAUGCUAGUCUCAGAAACAUUUGAGACUCCAGCUAAGGAGGGACUUGUAUUUUCUGGCCCAUCGAUGGACCUAUUCUGGAACAAAACUACCUUGGUGGCAGGAAUCUUAUCCGGGAAGGUCUAGAGAUCAGAGGAGUUCCCGCACCGUCGAUGCAAGUUUUGUUAGCGUCACUGUCGGAGUCAUCGUACAAACAGUACGAAUGUUGCUUGAAGAAAUGGUGGAAUUUCUGCGCAAAGAUGGAAAUUAGUCGAUUUGAGAGCUCCGUACCAGCUAUUUCAUUACUGGUUGGACCAGAGAUGGCCCAAGACGAACGCAUGAAGCGCUUUUUCAAAGGUUGUUCUAUGAUUCGCCCGUCUAACCCCAAGUACGACUCGACUUGGGACCCAAAAAUCGUCUUGGACCACCUCUCGUCAUUACCAAAAAAUGAAAAGCUUUCGCUUAAAAUGAUAACGAUUAAGUUAAUCACAUUAUUAGCAUUAGUAACAGGGCAUAAAAUGCAAACGUUUGCUCUAAUAAAAACAGAAAAUAUAGUAGUUUCAAAUAAAUGUGUAGAAAUAAAAAUACCAGAUCGCAUUAAAACUAGCGGACCAAAUAUAAAGCAGCCGUGCUUAAUGUUACCGUUUUUUAAGAAAAACAAAAAAGUUUGCGCAGCUAGCACUCUUCAGUGUUAUUUAGAUUUAACAAAAAAUAUUAGAGAGAGCACAGACUCACUGUUUAUCUCUUUUAAAAAACCGUAUCGAAAAGUUACGUCGCAAACCUUAAGCCUCUGGGUAAAGGAAGUACUCGAUGACAGCGGGAUUGACACAAGCGUAUUCGCUGCACAUUCAACAAGACACGCAUCAACAUCAGCGGCAAAAAGGAAAGGUAUCGAUAUAGAUACAGUGCGAAGAAGUGCAGGUUGGACCAGCAAAUCUAACACGUUUGCGAAAUUUUAUAAUUUAAGCUUAACUGUUCCUAACGAUGCGUUCGGAAGAGCAAUUAUAAGCUCUUAACUCUUGUUCUAUUAUUUUAUCAGUAAUAAAAGCUUUUUUAGUCAUUUUAUAAAACAA